UGCCAACCAAGUCUUGUCCAAGUCGCCGCUCUCUGUCAGGCUACGGUCUACGCCAUCAUGCCCACUGAUUUGCAAUGCGAGCCCGACUCUUCCCCUAUGCUGGCUGCGGCUGAGGGCAGGCCUUCGCGUGCGCCUGCGACCGAGGACGAGCCUCAGCUACUUGCGAGCGAAGAUUGGACUGAGGCUACCCUUACGCUGACCGAGUCAUUUCCUAAUGCUUACCUUACGUCGUCUGCAACCGAAGGCAGGCGUGAGGAUGAGCGUACACUACCUAAGACUGAGGACCAGGCUGAGGCUGCCCUAUCGCUGUCUGUGACCGAGGGCGGGCCUAACAUUGAGCCUACGGUGCCUGUGGCCGAAGGCGGGCAUCAGUCAUCCCCCGCUUCGCCUGUUACCGGGGGAGGGCAUCUGGCUCCUCCUGCUUUACCUAUUGCCGAUGGCGGGCUGUUGCCUGACGAACGCUUCUGGUGCGACCAUUACGCGUGGCUCAAGGAUCAAGGCUAUGUGUUGCGUCCUCGGUAUAGACCUGGCUGGGUACCAAUCUGGGCAGGAACAGACGCAUUCUUUUGGAAUCAAGAGGACGGCGUAGUCUCUGAUUACGGGCACAUUAUGGAUGCCACCCGCUCGUCGGACGGGGCGAUUGUCAUGCUCAAGUCCAUAUCCAAAAAAGUACAUCCCUAUGAGGUCGAAGUAACACAGAUGUUCUCCUCUGCACCCCUAAUGUCCAACCCUCGCAACCACUGCGUACCGCUUUACGAUGUACUGCAAGUCCCGGACAAUAGCGACAGGGUGCUCCUCGUUAUGCCUCUUCUGCGAAGGUUCUAUGAUCCUUCUAUGCAAACUGUGGGGGAGGCCGUCGACUUUUUCCACCAAAUCUUCGAGGGUCUGCAGUUCAUGCAUGAGAAUCAUGUAGCUCAUCGAGACUGCAUGAACUUCAAUAUCAUGAUGGACCCGAAACCCCUUUUCCCAAAGCUGUUUCAUCCUCAGAAGCCGAAAUAUACUCUGGACUUCAAAGGAUAUGCUAAGUUCUUCACGCGUACCAAGCGGCCAACAAAGUACUACUUCAUCGACUUUGGCCUUUCUCGCAAAUACAAUCCUGAGGAUGGUCCUCCUCGAGAGGACCCUAUUUGGGGGGGAGAUAAAACGGUUCCCGAAUUUCAUCGUUCCAACGAUCCUUGCGACCCGUUUCCGACUGAUAUUUACUACCUCGGAAAUGUGAUUAGGGAGGACUUCUUGAAGACAUACCGUGGCGUGGAAUUCAUGCAGCCUCUUGUCCAUGACAUGGUGGAUGACGAUCCCGCAAAAAGGCCAACUAUUGACCAGGUUGUUACGCGAUUUGCAGACCUUCGUGGAAAGCUUGGGUACUGGAAACUACGCUCCCGGCUUGUUCCUUGGAAGGAAUUCUGGAUAAUGAAGAUAUACCGAACUAUCAGGCACAUUCUUAGAACUAUUGGGUAUAUUGUAAUGAACCGUCCCCCGGUCCCUACUAUGAUUUCUCGCAAUACGCCCAACGAAUCUGUUUAACUUUCUCGGAGGUUCACCGCAGACUUCGACUUCAGAUCAAGCGUCUGAUUAUACCUAUAUCGUGGCCGGAGCUUGUCACCGUUCUUCUUGCUUAUGCUCAACUGACUUCUCUUCCUAAUGCUCCUGCCUGUAUGGCCCCGCUUCAGUCACACGCAUCUUGACUGAAAUUAUUUUUUUAUCGUAACUGUAUGAUGGGAACGAUUCAAACACUCUUUACACUCGUUCGCACAAUCUACGAUAUUGG